UAGCUCGCCACAACUCGUAUCGGGGCUAGAAGUGAGAAAAGUGCUGACCGGGAAAUUCUUUUGGCCAAGAAAGGUCUCCGGAAAAGAUCUCAAGCGUUUGUGUUUUUUGUGUAACUCCCCUCUGGAUGUCUCUGAACGCCGAACGUUCGUACAAAAUGAAACUGCGCGAUGUGGAAAAUGCCUUCAAGUAUCGGCGCAUACCGUACCCCAAGCGUUCGGUGGAGCUGAUAGCCCUGCUGGCUAUUUCGUGCACCUUCUUCCUGUUCAUGCACACGAACAAGCUGAACAGCCGCCUCAAGGAAAUGGAGGUGAAGCUGCAGCCGUCCGAGUUUUCGGCCCUCGGACUGACCGGCAAUCACAUCAGCGGACACGAUGCGGGCAAGCACGAUGACAUCAACACUCUGCACGGCACCUACCAAUAUCUGAAGAGUACCGGACAGAUGUCUUCCCUUAAUGUGCGGGAUCUGAACAAUACCCGCAAGGCACAAAUGGACUUGGUGUUCUUUAACCGAGUUCCAAAAGUGGGAAGUCAGACGUUCAUGGAGCUCCUGCGCCGACUAUCAGAGCGUAAUAAUUUCCAGUUCCAUCGAGAUGCUGUGCAAAAGGUGGAGACCAUUCGAUUGGCGGAGGACCAGCAGCAGGAAAUGGCUGAGGUGAUCAGCGAACUGCCAGAACCUUCCGUUUUCAUUAAGCAUGUGUGCUUCACAAACUUUACCAAAUUCAAUCUGCCAAAACCCAUUUACCUAAAUGUGGUUCGAGAUCCUGUAGAACGCGUGAUUAGCUGGUUCUACUAUGUCCGAGCGCCUUGGUAUUUUGUGGAGCGUAAAGCUGCCUUUCCCGACCUCCCGCUGCCCCAUCCGGCUUGGCUUAAAAAGGACUUUGAGACAUGUGUCCUUAGUGGGGAUCAGGAAUGUACUUACACACAAGGUGUCACUGUGGAGGGCAUUGGCGAUCAUCGGCGACAGAGCUUGUUUUUCUGUGGUCACGACUACGAGUGCACUCCUUUUAAUACUGUGGGUGCCCUGGAACGAGCCAAAUUUGCCGUGGAGCAACAAUAUGCAGUUGUUGGAGUGCUGGAAGAUCUGAACACCACUCUCUCUGUGCUUGAGAAAUAUGUACCGCGAUUCUUUGAGGGCGUAAGAGAUAUAUAUGCAACAAGCGCCGAAUACUUGACUAAAAUCAACAAGAACAACUUUAAGCCCCCGGUCAGCGAGCAUGUUAAGGAUAUAGUGCGACGUAACUUCACGAAUGAGAUCGAGUUCUAUCAGUUCUGCCGCCAGAGACUCCAUAAACAAUAUCUGGCUGCCCACUUACCACAGAGAAUUAUCACAGACUCGGCACAUCUUCCCCCUCUGAUAGGCAAUUGAAUUAUAUAUUCAAACAAAUGUAAAGAACAAAUUUGACAAACAAAAUCAUACUCGAAA